AUGGUUGUCGACACGGUCAGCGCGAGCACCUCCAUGAUUGCCCCCCACCUGUUCGACCACAGGUCCAGGGGCGCCGGCGCCUCCCACCACCACCACCUCCGCCGGGCGUCACAUGUCGUCGCCUGCCGACCCCUGCCCACCGCCUUCGCGGGCCGCCGCCUCAUGGCCCGGGUCACCAGGCAGCCGUCGCCACGCCUCGCCGAUUGGCCGAUCAGGGCGCUGGCUAUGGGUGUCACAAAGGAGGCCAGCCCUCGCAGGGAGUACCGGGGGAUCCCUGGGGAUGGUGGUGACAUGGGGGAUGUUGGGGUCACCAGCCCCACGCCGUCAUGGCCUCCACAGAACAGGGCAGAUGACCCCAAGCUGCACAACCCGCUGCUCCGCCUCGAGCGCAUGGGCUGCGGGUGGCUUGGCGUCAUCUUCGAGUGGGAGGGGGUCAUUGUUGAGGAUGAUGCUGAAUUGGAAAGACAGGCAUGGUUGACCCUGGCACAGGAGGAGGGGAAGUCGCCGCCUCCCACUUUUGUGCUGCGGAGAGUUGAAGGGAUGAAGAACGAGCAGGCAAUAUCUGAGGUUCUCUGCUGGUCCCGUGAUCCCUCGGAGCUUAGGAGAUUGGCCUUGAGGAAGGAGGAGAUUCACAACAGCCUUCGAGGCGGCUCCUACCACCAGAUGAGGAACGGUUCCAGGGAGUUCAUGAGCACGCUCGCCAAUUACAAGAUCCCCAUCGCUGUGGUCACCACACGCCCACGGAAGGUUAUUGAGGAAGCCAUUGAAGCUGUUGGCGUGCGCAGCUUCUUUGAUGCGGUUGUGGCAGCAGAAGACGUGUACCGGGGCAAGCCUGACCCAGAAAUGUUUCUGUACGCUGCUCAGCUCCUCAGUUUCAUCCCGGAGAGGUGCAUCGUGUUUGGGAACUCCAAUUCGGCGGUGGAAGCAGCACACGAUGCCUGUAUGAAGUGUGUCGCGGUCGCAAGCAAGCACAAAAUCUACGAGCUGAGUGCUGCAGACCUUGUGGUCAAGCAACUGGACGAGCUAUCUGUCGUUGACUUGAAGAACCUCGCUGAUAUUGAGUCCCCGGAGUUUGGCAUGGAACCUGAACCAGAGAUGGAGGAGGAAGUGCCCCCACCAUCAACGUCUGUGGGUGUAGAUGAUUUGUUCUGUUCUGCAUACAACGAUCCCACAGCUGAAGAUGUGCUAAUGCAAUCUCUUAACUACAGAGCGGAAUUUUCAUGCAGGCAAUCGCUGCUUCCUGAACCACCAAAGGUGCUAAUGCAAGCUCUUAACUACGGAGCGGAAUUUUCAUGCAGGCUAUCGCUGCUUCCUGAACCACCAAAGAUUGGAUCUUCCGCGAACUUUGAGGAUUGA